AUGAGGCGAUUCAGCUGCCGUGCGAAGUCGGUCAUCGAAGGCGACGACAUCCGAGGUGUGGUUAUGAGCUUACAGGCAGCCGCCUCUCAGACAGCAGGGGAGCAGACAGCAGGGGAAUACAGAGCAGGGGAACAUACAGCAGGGGGACAGGCGUCACCAAGGGGGGAAUUCUCCGCGCCUUCAGAGCUUUCUCUCCGCGCUCUCUCCGCGGGUGUGCCCGCGUGGGUGGUGGAGAGAGCAAGCGCCGUCUCCCCAGAGGUGGUGGCGAUCGCGAGUGUGUACUUCGUGCAGGGCGUGCUGGGGCUGGCCCGCCUUGCUGUCACUUUCCUGCUCAAGGAUGACUUCGGGCUUGACCCUGCCGAGGUGGUGGCGAUCGCGAGUGUGUACUUCGUGCAGGGCGUGCUGGGCUUGGCUCGCCUUGCUGUCACUUUCCUGCUCAAGGAUGACUUUGGCCUCGACCCCGCUGAGGCCGUCUCCCCAGAGGUGGUGGCGAUCGCGAGUGUGUACUUCGUGCAGGGCGUGCUGGGGCUGGCUCGCCUUGCUGUCACUUUCCUGCUCAAAGACGGCUUCGGCCUUGAUCCUGCCGAGGUGGGUGGCUUUCCUCUCAGGCCUCUCCUCCCUCCCCUGGCUCAUCAAGCCCACAUCUGGAUUCAUCAGCGACGGCAUCCCUCUCUUUGGCUACCGCCGUCGCUCCUACCUUGUCUCCUGUGGGCUGCUGUGGUCCCCUGCUCUUGUAAUCAUCCCCUACUCCCGUAUCUUCCCCGUAUUUCCCUGCAGGUGGCAGUCCUUUCGGGCCUCUCCUCCCUCCCCUGGCUCAUCAAGCCCAUCUACGGCUUCAUCAGUGAUGGUAUCCCUCUCUUUGGCUACCGCCGUCGCUCCUACCUGGUGGCCUGUGGGCUGCUGGGGUCGCUGGCAUGGGGAGCGCUGGCGACGGUGGUGGGGGAUAAGUACUCUGCUGUGGCCAUGAUUCUGCUCUCCUCGCUCUCCGCUGCGGUUUCUGACGUGGUGGUAGACUCAAUGGUGGUGCAGAUGGCAAGGGGCGAGUCCCAGGCCACGUCAGGCGGGCUGCAGUCGCUGUGUUGGGGGUCGUCAGCAGUGGGGGCUGUUCUCUCAGCGUAUUUCAGUGGCUCGCUUAUUGAAAAUUAUGGCACACGGUUUGUGUUCGGAGUGACGGCCCUACUGCCUCUCAUCACCACGGCUGUUGGAUUCUACACCAUUCGCCAGCCGGCCAUUCUGCUGCCCACCGCCUUCAUCUUCCUCUGGCAGGCCACUCCGCACUCUGAAACCGCAAUGUUCUUUUUCACCACCAACGAGCUGGGCUUCGGCCCUGAGUUCCUGGGCCGCGUGCGUCUCGUGACAGCCCUUGCUUCCCUGGCAGGGGUGGGUGUGUUCAACUUCUACCUCAAAGAAGUGCCUCUCAGGAAGCUCUUCUUCUGGACCAACAUUGCUGGUGCACUCCUGGGCUCCACACAGCUACUCCUUGUCACUGGUCUCAACCGCUCUCUGGGAAUCAGCGACCAGUACUUUCUGCUGGGAGACUCUCUCAUACUCACAGUGCUGGGGCAGAUCUCGUUCAUGCCAGUGCUGGUGUUAGCAGCUCGAGUCUGCCCACCCGGCAUCGAAGCAACUCUCUUCGCAACGCUCAUGUCUGUCAGCAACGGCGCGAGCGUCUUUGGGGGGGUGAUUGGCGCUGGGCUGACCAACUGGCUGGGAGUGACGAGCACCAAUUUCACCAACCUCCCCACCCUCAUCGCCAUCUGCAACUUCUCCUCUCUGCUCGUGCUCCCGUUUCUCAACCUGCUGCCUGCCGAGAUCUCGUUUGUGGUAGCAAAUCCAGUUGUAACGCUGAGAGCCAUGGUUUCGUGUUUCUCCGUCGCUCCCAUACACAACGACAAGUACGACUAUUACAUCGACGAUUACAUCUCCGAUGACGACCCGAACCUCGACCCGGACGUACGUACGCUCCGCAAGGCGAAGCAACGGCGUUACGAGGAGCGGCUCGCGAAGGAAGCGGCGAAAGCGGCGGAGGAACGGGAGAGGAUACGGCAGAGAGUCGGGGGAGUGGUGGUGGUGGGUGUAGAUGUGAAUGAAAGCGGUCAGAAGAUCGUGGACUUCGCGAUUGAGAAUAUGGUGAAGCGAGGCGGCAAGCUGGUGCUGGUACACGUCGCUACCGUCACUCCUCUGGUUCAGUCCGGUCCAGGCCGCAGCGACAAGCGCGAGGUGAAGAGCAGGGAGCGCGCGUGGUGGGGAGGGUACAACCUGCACAUGUCACACGAGGUCGCUCGGUUGCUCAAGCCACACAGGCGACACUGCAGAGCAGCUGGGAUGGAGGUGGAGAGCUACAGGAGUAGCCUACAUGGGGUGAAGGAGGAGGAGGAAGAGGAGGAGGAAGAGGAGGAGGAGGAGGAGGAAGAGGAGGAAGAGGAGGAGGAGGAGGAGGAAGAGGAGGAGGAAGAGGAGGAGGAGGAGGAGGAAGAGGAGGAGGAAGAGGAGGAGGAGGAGGAGGAAGAGGAGGAGGAUGAGGAUGAGGGGGAGGGGGCCGAGGAGGAGGAGGAGGAAGAAGGGGGGGAUCGAGUGGGGGGAAGGGUGGUGGAGGAGGAGGGUUACGACCUGUUUCAGCUCGUCUUUCCAAACCAGAAUUUACUCACACAGCAGCAAGGUCAGCCUCUAUCCUCCUCCUCUCGCCCGUCUCAAUCCCUUCCAGCUGCCACACACUCUCCCGCCCGCAUCUUCCCUCUCAAAGAGCUUGUAGCAGCAACAGGGAAUUUCGCCCGAGAGAACAUGAUAGGCAAAGGGGGGUACGCGCAUGUUUAUAAGGGGAAACUGAAGGGGAGGAGCAGGGACAAGGAGCGGGCAAAACAGGCAAGGGAGAAGGAGGAGAGGGAGAAGGAGAAGAGAGGAGGAGGUGGUGGGGAGGAGGGAAAAGAGGUGGGAAAAGAGGGAAAAGAGGAGGGAAAGGAGGAGGGGAACGAGGAGGGUGAUGGCCAAGAGGAACAAGAAGGAGAAGAGGAGAGGAAGGCUCGGGAAGCAGAGGAGAAUGAGAGGUUUAUGACUGAAGUGCGGAUAGUAGAGAGGGCAAGCGCCCAUCCCAACAUUGUGAAGCUUCUGGGAUACUGCAUGGAAGGCGGAGAGCAUAUUAUGGUGUAUGAGCUGGCAGGGAACGGGAGUGUGGAGCGCAACUUGCACUCCAAGACAAGGGAUGUGAUGCCGUGGGAGCGGCGUGUUCAGGCUGCGGUCGGCGCGGCGCGAGGACUGGCUUAUCUCCACAGCGGCUGGGAGGGGUGCAUAGUGCAUAGGGACAUCAAGACAGGCAACAUUCUAGUGGGCCACGACUGGCAACCCUUGGUUGCUGAUUUCGGCCUUGCUAGAUGGAUCCCCUCCCCUCCCCCUCCCACCUCCGCAUCCCCCUUACAAGCCUCUGGGUUAGCUAUAAAUGGGGCGGCGAAUAAACCCGCUAUAGACGGAUCCAUUAAGUCGCCUAUAGAGGGUACAGUGGGGUAUAUGGCCCCCGAGUAUUUUCUUAGAGGGAGGUUGUCUACCCACACUGAUACAUACGCGUUUGGAGUGCUGCUGCUGGAGCUUAUAACGAGUCGCAGGCCUGUGGACCCUCGGCGGAGCAAGGAGGAGAUGGACCUGGUGCUGUGGGUGAGUUGGAGGGGUGGGGAGGAGUGA